AUGGUUUUCAAUAGCUCGACUCAGUUGCAGAAGAAACUGACAGAACAGCAUAAAGAACAGUGGCUACAACGUACUGCCCAUUAUUUGACAGAUUGUCAAACAUUUGUAGAGGCUAGUAAACGACAACUGGUCCUGGCCCCAGAGCUUGAUGAGCCACCAUCUCUUCCUACCCUUCCAAAAGCAGGCUGGCUUCUUACAGUUUACCGCAGGGAUGUGCUGUCACGGCUUGAGGAAGUGAAGGCUUAUAUCACGUCAACAUUUGGAAGUGUACGGAAGAUUUAUUCCACAAAGAAGGUAAAAUAUUAUAAGCAGAUAAUUUACCAAGCCUUUAUAUCAAUAGUAAUCUUUUGUUUGGAAACACUGACAUAUCAUGAAUAUUACAUAUCAAGUAUCCCGGAUAGUACCCCCUCCCGUCUGCCCAGCUCAAAAAAUAUUCCUCUUGUUACUCAAGCAAUUGUUAUAAUAAUUACUGUAUCAGUUAUCUUUUUCAACUUUUUACUAGGUUACUAAAAAGCUUGCUAGUGCUGCUGCUGGAACAGCUGCUUGGGUCACCAACAUUGGAAAUGAAUUUGGCCAAGUUCUUAACAGCGUCUUAACAGCAAGUGAGGGAAGGGGGCUCCGCCCUAUGGCAACUGGGAUCAUCCGUCGCUAUGAGGUGGCUGGCGUUCCCCCACCAGUACUUCUAUACACAGAUCGUGACUGCUGUGGUGAGAAAAAGGUCAGUUCUCUCUUCACAACCUGGCAGGAACUCAAUGUGCGCCUUGAUGCAAGGCACUUUAUGCGCCAUUUUGCCGCAGGGUGCACUACAGAUUCACACUCAUUCUAUGGUACCUUUAUGGCUCGACUGUCUCAGUGCAUUUUUGAGUGGAGUGGUGAGGAUCUCAACCUUCUGAAAAGAGCCAAGGCUGCCCAACUUGCCAAGUCCAGUGUCCAAAACCCAUCGGAUGAGGACAUCAUGCAACAUAUCACAAAAAAGGAGCUGUCCCUCCACGUCAGCCGUAAAACAUGUGGGAUACAAGUGACCACCAUCCUCAUUUCCAACUUGCUUGAGGCAUUCUCUGGGCCACAAGGGAAUGACACCCUAGGUGUGCCACUGCUUGACUGUGACCGCAUAUGGACCAUAUGGGAGUCACAGCAGAAGCACAUUGCCUGCAUUCAAGAUCCAGAGGGUGUGCAGCUGUACACUAAAACUGGCACCAUAGUAAAGGGUGGUAUAGAUCUUCCGGUCUAUCGCUGCUCCAGAGGCUCAACAUCACUGGAGUCCUUUCACAACCAUCUUGAUUUCUUUAUUCCUGGUUUGUUAUUUGUUUAUUUUUUCUAUGACAUUAGAGUUUAUUACUUUUAAACAUGCGUUUAAUACUAAUAAUAAAAAAUAUACCUAAAAUAUAAUAAUCAGUAUAUUAAUAAAUCAGUCAUAAUAAAUUAUUUGUUGUUUUUAUUAACAAUAUUAAAAUUUGUUAAUGUCAUCGUUAAUACCUAUAUUAUACUUCUAUUUUCUUCAAUUAAGGUACUAGUGCAAUGAUCUGCACUUUCAUGCCUUCUUGCUGGAAGGUGUGGCAAGAUGGAACUGAGACAGAGAAGUGACAGCAGUUACGGAAGCUAAUUCAGCCCUCACAUAUGACUCUGCACUGACUUCUGCUGUGAAUAAACUAAGUGAAAAUGUGCUAGGGAAAAAGCUGUUUGAAAACUUCAGAGGACCAAAUAAGUAUACAGGUAAUUGCAAAAUAUUCCAUUUAUUUUUUUACUGUGAGAUUCCCAAUAAUAUUCACAUCCCAGGACAGGUUAUUGGAAUUUACAAGAGGAAGGGAGUGUUAAAGGUCAAAGUGUCUUAUUUAUAUUAAAAAUUAUCACAUAUUCAAAUUAUUUAAGUUAAUAUAAAAGUUUAUAUCUACGUAUUAUAUAAGGUUUUUCCCCACAGGAGAGCUCAUAGGUGUGGAGUACUUGUAUGCUCAGACUGGUAAAGUGCUACAGAAAGCCAGAUCUGACGAGGACAAUGAAACAUGUCUGCAGGUUCCAGAUGGAGAUGAUGAAGAUGAAGGGUUUCAGGUUAGUAAAUAUUACAUACCUCUUAAAUACACUAAGGAAUUUUACACCACACCUUAUUUAAUCCAUAAAUCAGACAUAAGCUCUGAUAAAAGUGAAAAUAGAAAAUAAAAAAAAUAAUUAAUACAUGAUACUUAUCUACCUGCUCAGACUAGUUGUUCAUUAAGAAUUGCCUUAAAUUCCUUACAGUGGAAUCACCAAAUUCAAAACCUGAGAAGCUAAAUGAUUGAUCUAUCCAAUCACAAUUAGGGGCUUUGAAUUGACUAAAGUUUUAUCCGGUUGGUCUACAGGAUGUGACCACAGACUCUGAAGAUCCUACUGUGGCCUACACUGGUGACCACCCUGUUCCUGAAACUGUUACAGAGCCAACAGGAGAUUCUGGAGAGGACGAUUCUGUAGGCCCAAGGAACAUCCCUGGCUAUGACAGGGUAACUGCAUUAGCCAACUUUCUUGUCAACUUGAGGGAUUGCAAUGGAGCUCUAUCAAACCAAGAAGCUUCUCAGCUAGUGGCACUUUGGAAGAACGUGAGUGAGUAUGACAGAAAACCCAUUACCUUUAAUCCGUGACACCAGCCACAACUCACACAGGGGAGGUUCAAAGCUGCUAAGAAAUCCACAGUAGUUCCUGGUGCAAGUAGCACAAAGAGAUGUUUCUUGAGGCAGAACAGUGGACCAGCUUCAUGGCCUGACUGCAACCGAUACAUGGAAGCAGUGAUUAUAAAGCUUACCCACAUUUUCCCCUCACCAGUACGAAGAGGUGGCAGCACGACAAUGCGGUAGACACUGAUUGGAAAUGCAUACAAGAAAAUCAGAGAAGCUGUACUUAAUAAUGCCUACGUAAUGCAGCAGACUGGCAUUCAACUUGCUGAAAUAAACCAAAGGAGGUCAAAGGACAUUGAUUCAGUGGUAAGUUACAAUAACAAACCUUGAAGACGUUUAUUCCCUUUUAUUAUACAUCAGACUCACUAUGAAAAAUCUGAUUGGUCGAAGGCAUUCAAUCAAUUCACAAUAGCUUGUGAACUUGACAUGAUAAAUGCAAUAUCUGCUGCAGAUAUUGCAUUUAUCAUGUCAAGUUCAAUGUCUGCCUGGUUACCAAGCCCCUUGGAGUGUUCUCCUCAGAAACAGAAUGGCUGAAUGUCUUCUUUUGCCUAUUGUUUAAAAAAUGUAUAAUAAAACAAUUAUUGAAUUCGGUUUUUGCAUGAUAUCAUGAAUUAUCAAAACUUCGUGUCUGUAUUAUCUGCCUCAUAGACCUCAGUUUUGAUAAUUCAUGAUAUCAUGCUCAACCUCAUCUAAUAAUUGUUUAAUAUGAACAAUUUAAACUAAACAUAAUCUUAUGAAAAAAAAAAGAUUCAAUCAGAAUUCAUCAGCACACAAUUGAAACUAAGUACUACAUAUUUCAAUCUGGGAGUUUCUAAUUGAGUUCUUGAGGUCAGUAUUCAGGAUUGCCUUUCAGGUACAACAAGCGUUCAAGAAAACAGGAGGAGGACGUCCUCAAACAAGGUUUUAAUCUACCUUCUCCAGUGGCAUCCACUAAUACUACAUUGCCACAACCAAGAGAGCGUCCAGAGUCCCUUAACACAUGUGUAAACGAAGAGAAACAUACGUUCAACACAGCAGGCCAAGCAUCUUUAAGAAAGGUAACCAAGCCUUCAGUAUUACCCAAAUUACCUCAGUUGCCUUCAGCAAAUGUGAUGGUCCUGAGCCCCUCCGGGCCUGUAACCGCAACCCCUGUUGCAAUUGCAGUACCUGCAGUACCAAUUCCUGCUAGCACCCAAAGUUACAGGAAGAGAAAAGUGUCCGCACUAAAAAAGUACAGGCCAAGAACUGGGGCCUCUCAAUGUUCAAAAUGUCAGAAGGAUAGAACAUCUGCCACAGGACACCAUCAGUACUUUGGUAACUGGUUUUGCCCUCAAACUGCAACAGAAACCUACGAGGCUUGGAGAGCUCGCCCACAAACAGAAAAACAAUAUAAAAAGAAAAAAUAAGCAAUCAAUAGUUAUGUUCAAACUACCAUUAGCCGAUUUCUAAAGACACGGCUCACCAUUCAAUAGAUUGUAAUUAAAACCCUGCCAAGGUUAUACCGUUGUUGAUCAGCAUUGAGUCAAAUGUAAAAAUAUGUGAUUUUAUAUUUACACCUUACAAUAUCAAAAUAUUGUUACUUAACACAAUUGUUUUGAUAGUGCCGUCGUUUGCAAGAGUGAUUAUUUUGUUGUAUAGUUACACAUCAAUUUUUAGGGUGUGUUGUCCUUUUACUUAUGAACAGGACAGCUGCAAGAUGACAUCGUUUGAAUACGGCUACCAGAAUUCUAGACUUUCUAAAUGCCAAGCACAAUCAUUCAGCUUCUUGUGUUAUUGUGUUAAUUGCUUCUUUUGAUUCUUUGACCUUAGUAGCCUUACUACAUUAAAGUAAGAAAGAAAAAACAAAAGGAAUUCUGAUAGCUAGAAUCAAACGACGUCAACGGCGUGAAAUUAGCCUACUAGUGAUAAGUGAGCUUCUCUGUAGAGAAUUUAAGUAUUUUUGAAUAAUAUUGUUCAAUUUUUUUCUCUAGAACAAUCUACUGACUUCGCGGAGCAAAAAUACAGUUAUUUUUUCAGUGUUACUGUGGUUUGGAAGUGUCUGUUCAUUUUAACCUUCACAAACUCGAAGCAAAGCUUGUUGAACGGCGUAAUAUAAGGAAUCCCCUCCGCCUUUGUAGAAAUUUCGUGCCCAGGCUCUUUUGUAGCUGAAACAUUCCAGGAAUGCAUAGGGAAUCCCCACUACCAGCAACUACCAACAGAGAAGAUUGUGUGGGAUUUUAAGCGCAGGGGCCAUGCUAAUCUUCUCUGUAUCGUUCCAAUUUUAGUAUAUGUGCUACCGAAGUAACACGUCUAUAGUCUUUUUCCGUGACCUUUAUAUUACUGGCAGAACCUAACAACGCACCCAUGUGGAAAGCUAAUCUUACUGUCAAUAACCAAUCAGUGACCUUCUUUAUUACUUAACAGUCAUGCGCAGAAGCACUGCUACUUAGAGUAGCAAGUCAGAAAUGAGAAAAGUCAUUUUUUUGUUGGCUUUUUUCACGUCUUGUGGGUGGAAAAACUGUUAGAAAUGAAGUCAUCAUAGACCACAAAUUAGUGCCAUUUAUGAUAGAUUUUGGGGCUUUUUGAUUAAACCGGAACAGCUAGGCUGCUGUUACACUAUAGUUGUGUCGAAUCGUCAGAGCGGUUGAGCUGAAGUUGUUGGGAAAAAAAUCAUGUAAAGCACCCAAAAAACGUGUUAUUUAUAUUGAGACAAGAAAAAUACAACUUUUCUAAAUUCAGAAAGUAUUCAAGGCAAGGAACGUGACUUGCUCGAACGUGACAACUCCAUUCUCAGUGCCUUCCUACCGGAAUGACACGACCUCGCAGCUCGAGCGCUCAAAAUAGUCUGACCUGUUGCGCUUUAGUCAGGAAAGACGUUGAUUAAUCACCUCAAAUGAAAAAAAAAAGUGUCAACAGUGCACUCAAUAUCAUUGUCUCUCUUCAUCUCUCGGCUCCCGCAGCUGGAGAGGCUGAGUUAAAAACAGUUGUUACUUGUUCGGGUGUCUAUAAAAAAGAGAGUUUUAUAAUAACAACAACAAUAAUAAUAAUAACCUUAUAAGAAAAUCAAUUUCAUACACAGAUUACCCCUCGCCUGAGGGAUGGAAAAAGAGUCUACCCAAAGAAGAUCACAUCUGGGUUUCCAAGGCAAUUUUUAAACAGUCUAGCAUUAAAGACAAAGCAGAGCUUGACAUGUCAACGGUAAACAAUCUUUGCUGGUAUCCACCCCAGCCAUCGUUAAGGGUGCAUUAGCGUCCCACUGUAAACAUGUACUUUACACGGCGCCUCCUACUUUGGAUGCAAAGGAAACUAUGGCAAAUGAGGUUGCAUUGUCCAUAUGAUAAUUGUGACAAGCACCCUCUUACCAGUGCAGGCCUGUACCCACAUGUUAGACAGGUGCUUGACCUGGAUGGCUACUACUCCUUGGUAACCGAGCAUCUUUAGUGUGGGAAUUGCAAGAGGAAAGUUAUUAGCUGGAGUCAGGGUAUCCUUGAUCAGUUAGAUGUGGGUCACAGGAAACAGUUUCCUAUCAUCAUCACCUACAACUAUGCCUGUGACGUGAUAGUAGUGAGAUUGCUAAAACAACAUGGUUUCAGAAAUAGCUCGACUCAGUUGCAGAAGAAGCUGACGGAACAACACAAAGAACAAUGGCUACAACAUACUGCCCAUUAUUUGACAGAUUGUUAGACAUUCGUGGAGGCUAACAAACGAUAACUGGUUCUGGCCCCAAAGUUUGAUGAGGCACCAAUCUCUUCCUACCCUUCCAAAAGCAGGCUGGCUUGUUACAGUUUACUGCAGGGAUGUGCUGUCACGGGUUGAGGAAGUGAAGGCUUAUAUCACGUCAACAUUUGGCAGCGUACUGAAGAUUGAUUCCACAAAGAAGGUAAAAUAUUAUAAACAGGUAAAUUUUAUAUCAAUAGUAAUCAUUAUAACUCAGACAAGCUUCCUUUGGUCACUUAAUUAUCAUUUAUAUGUUUAUCUUUUUAGCUUCUGCAAGUUGUGAACCUCCAUCUGUUAUUGAAGAACAUCCACGUGGUGUGAGGUCUGCACAUGCAUCUAAUCACAGCCAAGGUCUGUGGUUUUAUUAUUGAAUUUUACUCAAUUUUUAUUAUCAUUCGAUUCAAAUCCACCAAUCAGCGUAUCCCGACCAUUAGCAGUUCAAAACCACAACCCUGCCCCGCACAGGGAUGUUUGUUUGGUCGCAAUACGCUGAUUUGAACCGAAGCGCAUACCUCAAAUGCCUUUGGUUGAGAUUUUUGCACCGGUGAUGUUGAGAAAGCUGGCCUUGCAACUUCAGGAUCCCUUUUCUCGAGAAAUUUUGGAAGGAUUGAGCUCUCAUUCAGAUGGAGCAUGGAUACAUAUCUAAUGGAUCGGGAGCUCGUAUUUUCGAGGUAAGAAAUUAAAAGGUUGGCAUUUGUUCCAGCGUAAAUAAGACUGGGUCACCUGCCGGCGGCUGAUUGCUGCCUGCUUUGUCUCCUUCUUUAGUUCUAACCUCUGAGGUCAAAUAUUCAUCUCGCAAAAUAGCACUUAAAACAGCACGGGAUGGCGAAAAAAACAUGACACAUGACUCAGUUAACAUUUUCUUCAAACUGUUAUUGAAAAAUUUGCUUUAAAUUCUGCAUUUUGGAACAAAUUAUAGCCAUCGUAUUGUUCAGAUGUAUUUGUUCUAUAAAUAACAAAAGAUCGUUGCUCAGAUUUCAAUCAACAACAGCCCCCACUAACAGAGUGUGGUCUACCUGUGCUGGACCUUGUAAUUUGCUGAAGUGCUUUCCAAAAUGGCGGGCAUGUGACUCUAUUUUCACUUUUGAACGAAAUGGGACCAUUUUUUGGAGGAUUUCCUCUGUAGGUACGUGCAAAACUAUCUGCUUUUACCUGUUAUUUACAAUGAAACCAGAAAAAUACAACUUUUUCUAAAUUCAGAAAGUAUUCGAGACAAGGAACGUGACUUGCUUCGAACCUGUUGGUUUAUGCGGACGACUCCCUUCUACAGCAAUGACACAACCUCGCAGCUCGAGCACUCAAAAUAGGCUGACCUUUCGCGUUUUAGUCAGUAAAGACGCUGAUUGAUCACCUUAAAUGAAAAAGUUGUGUCAGCAGUGCACUCAAUACAGGCGCGGAUCUAGUAUAAAUGCAUGCUGACCGUUUUCCUUUUCUCAAACAGUUGUAAAAGCUUCUCAAACUAGCCCCAUGACCUUAUGACCUGCUGUUCUUUUCAAAACCUCUUCUGCAGUGGCACUGUUGCUUUCUGUGGUAUUUAAGUCCAGUAAGGGCAAUUUAUAUUACAUUAGUUUUAGAAUUUUGAAGUUGUGAACAUUUCUUUAUACAUGUAGGCCAUACUUUUGCAGUGAUGUGAACGGAAGAUUUAUCUUUUAAAGUGACACAAAAAAAAUUGUUUUCUUGUGAUGUUCAAGUGGUCAAAGAGUUAUCUUCUAACCCAUCCUCUAAUUGGGAAAAUGCUGUUUUAUAGUUGAUUUUUGGUUAAGCAUUCUGUUGCUGCUGUGUUUCUUUUUCCAUGGGAUGCCUGUGGCACUCCCACAGUAAAAAUCCGGUUCGGUUGUACCCAAAAUUGCAAAGCCAGCCAAUAGGAUUGCCUAAAAUCUUUAUCGAUUAUCUCUUCUUCCAAGCCGACCAAUCAGAUUGUACAAACUCUGUAUCGAUUUUUAAUCGAUUUGCUUCCUGGUGAACAAUGCGAUGCGUUUUGUUUGGCUGCCAAAUUUGUCGCGCUUGAGUUUUCCCACUCGUGGGUUAGGAUGGCUUGUUAACCAGCGAAAUCCUUUGGGAUAGUGGCAAGUCACGAAAGGCGACCUGAGCUAAAUUAUUUCUUUCCUUCAUGAUUCUUUUUAGGUCUAGCUUUUUCAUAAGGUUUUAGUAGCAUCUGGUUGCCGGCCAUGAUUUCCGAUAGAUUUUUCUAUUCGGAGUUCGCCAAUUUUUGCCGAGCACAGCUAGAGUUCAGUUAUUUUCUUUUCUUAUUGAAAACACCUUAAUGAUGGGAGGUUGAAUCGCUUAAAUUUCAUCUCAUACCCUUGACGAUUGGUGGUGAAAUCGCGAAAAUAUUGUCCUCGUCGAAUCAUCGACGACUCGCUUUCGGCAUGGAUUGGACUUCUGGAUGGGACAUGGAUCAGGACCAUAGUAAACUUAUUAUACCUUGGAAUCAGGGAAAAUCAUUGGAACUAUGUUAACUUUGAUACCUUGGAAAUACAUUGCAAUUAAUUUUUAACUGUAUCAAGAGCAUCUUGGAAUAUGAAACUUUCAUCUUGGAUUAAAACAUUGGAACUUUAUGGAACUUUGUAACCCUGGGUUUGACCCUGGAUAAAGCAAGCGGAUGUUUUGUUUUGUUUUGUUCCAUUAACCUAAAACUACAAUGUUCAUUUCUCUUUGAAAAAGUUCCCUAUGGCUACUUACUACCAAGAUAUGACGUAUCUUUAUACAUAUAGUUCCUGUUCAGGUUAAUCAGAGAGUAUUUUCCGCAUGUUCUCCAUUACUUGCUUCCGUUAACAUUCCAAUUUAAGUUACACGAGGAAACCUUGUUUUGAUGCAAAAUAACUUCUUUCUCUUAUCCAAAUCGUGCUAUGAAAAUAACCACAUAUCGAUAGAUCAAAACAAGAUCAACUCCAUCCUUGCGACCAGUGACAACUAUAAAUUUAGCUUGCGUAGAAGAUGUCGAAAGGGGUAGGGGUUAGGGAGGAAGCAAAAAGGGGAUGUGGAUUGGGGAGAAAUAUUAGCCUGUCAUGCAGGGUACUAUAAAUUCAGUCAUAAGCACAUUAAACCAGCCCAUACAAGUAAGCUACUCAUCGAUGCUCAUAACAUGACACAUCUUUCCGGUUUCCCUAAUUUUUCCAAAUUCAGAGAGAAUGCCAUUAUGCUUCCAUAGACCAACGCAUCCCACGGAAACGACUUUAGGCGUCUUGUGUGAAUUUAAUACUGCUUUUUUCAUAUUUUUUUCUCAGCAUAGAUUUCCAUUUUAGCCAUUUUCAAGGAAAUAUAAAUUGUUUUUGCAUUGCCCUUAAGGGUUGGGCUUUUUUCAUGUAUUUUAAACCCCACGAUGGGUAUUAAUCUUUUGCCACCACUGAGGAUUUCAGCUUUCCAAGGAAUAUAUGAGGAAUACCUGGGGAUGGAUUAUGUUAUGUACUUGUCAAAUUUUAGGUUAAUUUUGAUUUAGCCUCAGUGGAUUCUCAAUUUGAUUUGUUUCCUAUCCCUUUACAGAAGACAAACAAAUUUGACCGAUGGAUGAUUAUGGAAAUUUGACAACUGUGUCUGUGUUGAUUUUAGUAUUCAUUUUUCAAGUUAAGCUUACUUGUACGUGCCUCCAUAAACAUUUUUUAGAGGAAAGGAUUGUUCUUGUUGUCAUCAAUGCUUUCAAAAAAAGAGAUUGUGAGUUUGGGGUUGAUCAAAGCUAAAAAAUAUUAAUCAGUCUUGACUAAAGACAUUUGAUGUCUUGAGUCUUGCUUUCUCUUAAAAUAAUCUUGUUUCAGUGGUACGUAAAAUGUGUAUGAUAAAUCAGGGAAAGGUUACCGCUGCUAAUAAAGUCAUCUGACAUAGUUUUUGGUAAAUAUUCUGGAAACUGAAGUUGUUUUGAUCAAACUACAUAAAUCAGCACAUGGAAUCUCACAACUGCUUUUAUCUUACUUAUUGUAAGGAGUGGGAGUAGAAGUCUCCAAUAUGAGUUAAUGUACUAUUUCAAAAAGCUACACAAGGACCCUAAACAUACAUGUAAACACCCCUUGUAUACCACACUAAGUACCAUCUUUUAACCUCUCUAGUGGAAGUCGUUCAUAGUUUCUUUUGUAACUUCAACAAGUUAUUCAUUGGUGAGAGGCGAGUAACUAUCUGACCUGAAAAUCUCUUAACAGGGUGCACGCUGUGUUCUUUUGUUUCAAUUAUAGGUAUGUUAGUCUUCUCCUGGACAUGAUUAGUGCCAUUGGCAAAAGAAUAAGCCAGAACAAAGCCAAGCACAGUGGAAUGGGGUCUGGAGAUGCUGAAGGACAUGCUGUUGUUGGUUUUGGACCAUUUUUUUUAUAGUAGUAUGACUAGGAAAGGACUCUUUGAGUCAGUGGACCAAAACCACAAAAGCUAUGUACAAGAGCUCCUUCAUCACCCAGUAACGCAUCCUGGUGGUCAACUGGAUAAGAUUAAACAGUAUCUUAUAAGGAGGCAGCAGGAGCAGGAAAAAAAAUGACGAUGAUGCCCUCGCUCGAUUUGCUGAUGAGGUUGAUAAAAGAAUGGGUACAGGUAAUAAAUAAAAAUGAUGACAGUAUCAUAUUUUAGAAAUAUAUUAAAUUUGUAUGUUGUGGCAUAGUUAAAGGUUUCCUGUAAAAGGGUGCAAUUUGCUUAUCAGUAAUAAGCAAAUUACAUCCUUUUUCCUCAAUUUCAGCCCAUGUUUUAACCAUGACGUAUGGUAUUUGUUUAAGGUAGAUUUUUUACAGUUAGUCUGUUUGAUUUAAUACUGUCAAUCCUUCUAUUAUCUAUUUGUAGUUACUCCCUCUACUGGUCCCAGUUCGACCGUGACAGCUGCACCCCCUAUAUCGGAUACUCCAGAGGUUAGAUAUAUAAAAUUAUUUAUUAUUAGAAUUUAUAUUGUUAUUGGUUCUAACGGUUGUAUCUGGUUGAACUAAGUCCUACACAACUGUUUGAUACUACCAUUUUUCUUUUACAUCUACCCUUUUUACAGAAAACUGCUCUUCCCAAAGCUUGGCAAGAGACCUUACCAAUUGAGCAACAACAUUGGAUGAGCAAAGCACUGUACCAGUUCAACCCUUCGACUGGCAAGUCCGAGAUAAAGAAAGAUCUCAAAAUGUGGUGGUUCCCACCAGCGCCUGUCCAUAUCUGCAACCAACCACCAGGUUCACCUGACACUUACUUUUUAGAACCAUUUUUUCUCUGGGCACCACAGAGAAUUUGGGGCCUUGAUCUGCACUGCACCGAGGAGUGUAAAGCAAAUCAAGCUAAACAGAAUGUGAAGGUACAAUUACAUACAAGACUUGGGUCUUUCAAAGUAAUCUUUAUUUAUAUUAACAUUUGUUACUGAUAUUUAUAUACAGUUUUAAAUGAUAUUUUUAGUAUAAUAUUAUUGUCUUGUCCUUUACUAAUACAAAUGUAAAUAUUACCUGGUGCGGACAUGAAGAAAGCUUUCAUUUAUGCAUUGGGGAUAGCAUUGUAAUGUUCAGUGAUACAUCUUUACUCUUCCUAAUCAUGGAUAUUACACUUUUUUCUCCAAUUAAGUAUCAUUUUUUUCAGCUGUCCCUUACACAAUCAGGGUUCUACAAAACAGUACGGAGAGUGUUGGACAUCGACCGAUGGUACUUCAUGGGUACAGAUUACCUAGAAUACAAGUUUUGCAAAAAAAAAUUUGCUGCCUGGUCCAGUGUGGUACUUGGUCAACUAUGCCUGGGCCAUCAGAGCUGCUUUCCAGCACUACUCACGUACAGGUACCAGUAAAACACAAAGUUGUUAAUUUAUUAUAACAAUUCAGAUCACCAGCAAUAAGAUGAGAUGACAUGAAAAAAAAAUCCCACUUGCCAUUUGCUGGAAAAUAAUAAUGCCAAAUUCAUUUAUGCAUUAUUUAAUAAUGGCUUAAUCAAAUGACUUGUCCAGAAAUUUGUUUUCCUAUUUUUUUGUAUUCAGAUACUCUUGUGAUUUGCGAGUUGUUGGCCUGUUAAGACAGAGGACCCUCGGGAACUCUUCCACUAAGGUGUGUAAUCAAGUCGGAGAGCAGCAUAAUGAAUUUUACAUGAAAAGGCUCUUGAGGUUUUUACAAGCUAGGGAGCCAAUUUCAUGUCAAAGCUGCAAUUGGCUUAUUCACUAUUACUGCUCCCAACAAAGAAUUGCCACCAAUCACACUGGUGCCUAA